AAUGACUUUGAUAACAGCGGUCCUAAUCAAGAAUCAGCCAACACAAUCAUUAAUAAUGAGCUUGCUUCAGGCUCUCACGAAGCUGAACAAUCAACACAAACGCAAUCAAUGCAGGCCAAUUCCAACACUGAACUUGAUCUCUAUACAACUUCUCUGUCCCGAAAAUCGUCUUAG